CCGAAUAACUCUGCAGUGCACAAAACGGCCAACCAUCAAAGAACAUCAAUUUUUGCAAAAAAAAAAUAUUUUUCAAAUAAAUUUAUUUAAAAAUACGCCGGAAUAUUUAUAAAAAAUGGCUGUACGUUUAACGCAAAGAUUGCUCAAGACCCAAACACCAUUCCUGUGCAGGAGUUAUCCCCUGUUGGUGACCAAGGAAAAAACUGAAGAUGUGGCCCAUACCAAAUCUGCUUUGCAAAAAAAAUUAACUAAAACAGAUAUUCCUUCAGCUCAAUAUGGUGGUCGUCAUGCUGUUACUAUGUUGCCCGGCGGUGGCAUUGGUCCCGAACUAAUGAAGUACAUUCGUGAUAUUUUCGCCUACUGCGGUGCUCCAAUUGAUUUCGAGGUAAUUGACAUUGACCCCUCCACUGAGGGCAAUGAUGAUUUGGAUUAUGCCAUUACCUCCAUUAAACGUAAUGGCGUCGCCAUCAAGGGUAACAUUGAAACCAAAUCUCAGAGUCUAGCUGAAGUUUCCCGUAAUGUAGCCAUUCGUAAUGAAUUGGAUUUGUAUGUUAAUGUUGUGCACUGCAAAUCUUUCCCCGGUAUUCCUGCACGCCACAGCAAUAUCGAUAUUAUUUUGAUUCGUCAAAAUACCGAUGGUGAGUAUGCCAUGUUGGAACAUGAAUCAGUGCCCGGUAUUGUUGAGAGCAUGAAGGUUGUCACCACCGAAAAUGCCGAACGUGUAGCUCGUUAUGCUUUUGAAUAUGCUCGCCAAAAUGGUCGCAAGAAGGUGACCACCAUUCACAAGGCCAAUAUUAUGAAAUUGUCUGAUGGUUUGUUCUUGGAAGUAGCCAAAAAGGUACACAAAGAUUAUCCCGAAUUGGAACACAACAACAUGAUUAUCGAUAACACUUGCAUGCAGUUGGUAUCUAAUCCUCAUCAAUUCGAUGUCAUGAACAUGACCAAUUUGUAUGGUACCAUUGUUUCUAAUGUCAUUUGCGGUUUGAUUGGUGGUGCUGGUCUUCUGUCUGGCCGUAACUACGGUGAUCAUUAUGCCAUUUUUGAACCUGGUACUCGUAAUACUGGUACUGCCAUUGCCGGCAAAAAUAUUGCCAAUCCUGUUGCCAUGAUUAAUGCCAGUAUUGAUAUGUUGAAUCAUUUGGGACAUAAGGAACAUGCCCGUGUUAUUCAGGAAGCCACCUAUGAGACCAUUGUCGAAAGGGGUAUUAGAACUCCAGACGUGGGAGGCACUAACUCCAGUACCGAUGUGGUUAAGAGUAUUUUGGAUAUUCUCUCUAACAAGCGUGUUAACUGGCCUCAUGGAAAUUUUUACAGCCAAUUUUAAACAGGAAACCAUUUCUUUUAAAGAUAUAUAACAUUGUUUUCAGUUUUUAAUUUAUUUAACCACCAAAUAUUACAAUAUUUUACAAACUUUAGUGUUUAAGUAACCCAACAUAAUAAUACAAAUACUAACUAACCUUUUGAAAAGCUGGAGAGAAAAUCCCAUUUUAUUACUCCUUAACACAACACAAUCAGCCUUUAAUUAAAAGCAAAAGCCUAAAUGUGAAGUGAAAAUGUUAAAAAAAACGUUCCUGUGACUGUAUA